AGAAAAAAUAGAAAAUAAAAUAGAAAGAGAAUGAGAGGAGGGGAGAGGAACACUUUAUUGCCUUUUUUAUGAUGCACGCAUCAAUGGCAGGACACAGAAUGAUGGUACAUUAGUACUGUUGAGACAGAAGGGCUAGAAGAAGUGAAGAAACAAAGAGCAAUUAACCACAACCACAGCCACACAACAAGUACACAGAGAGAGAAAAAAGAGAAAUUCGUAUGGAGUUGAAGAAAGGAGAAAAUUAGAUAAAAAUCAUGGAGCUCACCAAGAGAAAGAGAGGAUUGGUGGGUGGUCAAGAACUAGCGAAAAAAGAUGUUUUGUUGUAAUGGGUGAGUUAAAGAAGAGAGAUUCAUGGCAUGCAAUGAGAUAUGAUAUUGGGUUAAAGAAAUCUGAGUUUAAAAGCAACAACAAAUCUUUCAAAUCUGAGUGUUAGCCCUCUUGAGAGCCAACGCCAUUGAUAGUCCUUUACUUCACCACAACAAAUCUUGGGCCUUUUCUUGAUCUCUCUUCAAACUCUUUUGGCUUCUUAGGUAUUUUAUUAAAGGGAUGCCCUUUCAUUUGCAGGCCAAAGGGGGUGUAGAUAUUGCUGGUUUUGCUUCAAUUUGUUCUCAACAAGAAACUUGGACGCACAGGCAGCAGCAGCAGCAGCAGCAACAACAACCUCUUCAAGUUAAUAGCUUUGCAAGCAAAGAAUCUACCUCAGUUCUUCAUAUGAGAAGAAGUCAAAGCCCACCCACAUCUGUUUCGACUCUCUCUUCCUCCUCAAACGGCGGCGCCGGUGGAAACACCACCAACAUCACGGCAACAGAUAAAGCAGUGAACCCAGUGAGCAAUGAAAGGAAAGAUGAAUGGGCUACAGAGUUGCAGCCAAUCCCAAGUGGACUAGAGUUUGUUUCAUCAGGAGCAAGAUGUGGACUUGGACUAGAAGAUUGGGAGAAUAUGCUGUCAGAGCCGAGCCAAGAACAAUCCCUUUUGAGGUGGAUAGCUGGGGAUGUGGAUGACACACAGUUUGGGCUAAAGCAGCUGUUGCAAAGUGGAAACAAUCAGCUGGAAUUUGAUGGCAAUGCUGAUGCCGGUGCCGGUGCCGGUGGUGGUGGAUUGGGGAUUGUUGAUCAAGGACAUGGAUUUGAGUCCUUAAGUGGAAUUCCAUGUGGGGUGUCAAGCAUUGGUACUAAUUUGGCUCCUUUUCCUGGUCCUGGGGUUUCAAAUGAUGGGUCUGGUUUCGUUGCUCCUGGUUCUUUUUCUGGGUUGGUCAAUUACAAAAAUGUUGGAUUCGGAAACAACAACAACUCUAGCGUGCAAAGCCCAGUUUUUAGUUCUUCAUCUAACAGUGUAUCACUUCCACUUUCUUUGCCUCCAGGUAUGGUUUAUCAUCAUAAUCAGCAGCAACAAAUCGAGGCCUCGGAGGAGAAGCCGCAUAUACUAGAUCCACAGGUAUUGAUGAACCAGCAACCGUCUCAUAAUCCGCACGCUCAAAAUCCCAACCUUUUCUUGCCACUACCAUUUUCCCAGCAAGAAAAUCGGCCCCUCCAUUCCCAACUCAAGCGCCACAAUUCUGGUGGUAUAGACCCAAUCUCUCAUGUAAUCCCUAAACCACCAUUCUCUGUUCCCGGGCAAGAGUUUUUGCUAAGAAAACACCAACAACAGCAACUGGGGUUUCCACAGGGAGUUCAAUUUCUUCACCAACAACUUCAACAGAAGCCAUUGAUGGUGAAGAAGGAAGAUUUAGGAGUCCAGCAACAGCAACAGCAACAGCAACAGCAUGCUUUGUUGGACCAGCUCUGCAAGGCAGCAGAGUUGGUAGGGACUGGGAACUUCUUACACGCGCAAGGGAUAUUGGCGCGGCUCAAUCAACAGCUCUCCCCCACUGGAAAGCCUUUCCACAGGGCAGCUUUCUACUUCAAGGAGGCUCUUCAAUUGCUCCUUCUCAUGAAUAAUAACUCAGUCACUGCCCCACCGCCUAGGAGCCCCACCCCAUUUGAUGUCAUCUUCAAAAUGAGUGCUUACAAAGUCUUAUCUGAGGUUUCUCCACUUAUCCAAUUUGUCAACUUCACUUGCAAUCAGGCUCUCCUUGAAGCAGUUGAUGAUGCAGAUAGUAUUCACAUAGUGGACUUUGAUAUUGGAUUUGGCGCUCAAUGGGCCUCUUUCAUGCAGGAACUUCCGCGAAAUAGAGGUGUCCGGUCGUUGAAAACCACUGCUUUUGCCUCUCCUUCGACUCACCAUCCUGUUGAACUUGGUCUUAUGCGUGAUAACUUAACUCAAUUUGCUAAUGAGAUUGGUCUGAGUUUUGAACUUGAUGUGAUUAACUUUGAUUCGUUGGAGCAAAACUGUUAUUCUCUUCCCUUUUUCCGAACAAAUGAAAACGAGGCUGUUGUGGUGAAUUUCCCUAUUUGGUGCUCUUCAAAUCAACCAUCUGCAUUACCGUCACUGCUGCGCUUUAUAAAGCAACUUUCACCGAAGAUCGUGGUGUCUUUGGACCGAGGGUGUGACAGAAGUGAUCUUCCGUUCCCACAACAUAUUCUCCAUGCCCUCCAAUCUUAUGUACACCUAUUGGAAUCAUUGGAUGCUGUUAAUGCAACUACGGAUGCAGUGAACAAGAUUGAGAGGUUUUUGCUCCAGCCUAGGAUUGAAAGUACUGUGUUGGGGCGUCUUCGUGCACCAGAAAAGAUGCCAAAUUGGAAGACAAUAUUUGCGUCUGUUGGCUUUUCUCCUGUAACUUUCAGUAACUUCACCGAAACUCAGGCAGAAUGUGUGGUGAAGAGGACUCCAGUGAGGGGAUUUCAUGUGGAGAAGCGGCAGGCAUUGCUUGUGCUUUGUUGGCAGCGUAGAGAGCUUAUGUCAGCUUCAGCAUGGAGAUGCUGAGCAGUAACAUUAUGACAAGCAAGGAGAUUUCCCAUGUAUCUAGGUUGAGCCCAUUUCCUUCUUGUUGCGAUGCCCUGAAUUUUAGUCUGUUCUGUCAAUUUUGAUAAUGGUGUAGCGAAGGUCUGAAGCAGCGAAGGACCUUGCACAGCAGGAUCAUACACCACUUAUCUAUCCUUUCAGUGAAUCAAUAUAUAUACUCUGGUGUUGUUUAGUUCAUGAUGCAACUUAAUGAAAUACACUUUAUGGCUGCCUUGGAUGCUUUUGAAAUCA